CGUUUUUAUUAUUAAACCAAUGUAACCGACAUAACCCAACUUUUUCACUAUAAGUCGAAAUGGAAAACCCUCGACUCAUUUUAUUGUUUAGUGGGAAAAGAAAGUCGGGGAAAGAUUACAUUUGUGAAACAUUAAAAGAAAAACUAGGGGAGGAGAAUUACACAAUUAUUCGAAUUUCAGGGCCACUGAAACGAUUGUAUGCUGAAAGCCAUAACUUAACUACUGAUGAUGUAAAUGAAAUGAUGACUGAUGGUCCGUUAAAAGAAAAAUUUCGCGCUGAAAUGAUUCAAUGGAGUGAUGAAAUUAGAGUAAAAGACCCUGGGUUUUUCUGCAAAGCUGCUACAAAAAUGGGUACUCACAUAUCUUUCAUUUUUUUUAUAUACGAAAACGAAAUUGUAGCCGAAUCGAGACCGUUUUGGAUUGUUAGCGACAUAAGACGUAAAACUGAUAUUCAGUGGUUCAAAAACACGUACAAAGAUAAGAUUAUUAAAUUAAUUCGAGUUGAAGCUGACGAAAUGACUAGGCAAAAAAGGGGAUGGAUUUUUACUGAGGGAGUUGAUAAUGUUACGUCUGAGUGCGAUUUAGACGAUUUCAAUGAUUGGGAUUUGAUUAUUAAAAACAACACAUCUGAAGAGUUGAGAGAGGGUUUGGGCAAAUUUAUGUUAUUUUUCAAUUAAGUUUGACUUGAAUUAGGUGGCGGCACAUUCCAUUUAAUUAAAUUUUAUAUUUUUUCAAA